GUUUGGUCUCAGCAUUGAGGUCUUACUGGAAUUGCGGUUGCACUGCGCAUUCCCGCUCGUACAAUGUGGAAUGAGCAGGCAAAUUUCGUGGGCCUUAUCUUUCGAACGCCAGAAAGAAUAUUUCCAAAAUACUUCAGCACUUGUAUCAAACUGAGGACUUUCUAUUGCCUGUCAGAUGCCUUCCUCCAAAAUGACACCCGAAGACUCCAUGAAGAUCACACGCAGUGAUCUGAAACAGUCCAGUCGUUCUCCUGGAGCGUCUAUCGACGACGUGCAGCACCUCGCCUCAUACAACUGGAUCGACGCUUUGACACCUGUGGUUGUCGUUCCUGGCGUUCCACCUCUCUGGUCGCCCCCGAGACUGUCUCAACAACUACCAAAAGAUUCUGGCCUCGUCUACAUAAACCAAAACGCAGCUCGACACCCAGACAGUCCACUGGAGCCCUUGUUCCGUGCCUUGUACAUGACAAAGCCAUCCUUUGAUAUAGGCGCAGUCAAUGUUGUGACCGAUCGAAACAACAUACGCAAACUACUGUCCUUCGUGAUGGUGGAUGUCGACAAGGAAAGACCAGAUUCAUUUACUAUUGACGUGGAGAUGGUCAAGAACACAGCGUUGUUGUGCCGCAAUAGCCCGCUCAAUCAAGAACACAUAGGGCCGCAUGACUUCAGAGGCUAUGGCCAUGAGUUCGAAAGAACAUACACCAAGACUCAGAUCCCUGGGAGCACCGGACAUCAUCGGAUCAUCUCUUAUCGCUUCUGUGGUAUGACCUUCGUCGUUCGCCAUGAGACAGAUGGAUACUACGACUCUAAUGCGGGAAACAAUUCCAACGAUAGCGCAAGCACUGGACAAGACGGCAUACUAGCUGGCAAGCUAAGCUCUCUGUCAAUAUCGCCAUCCAACGAGGUUCCAUGCCAUACCACUACUGGUUCCAAGCUAGCAACCAAGACAGAGGGUUACGAGGUUCCUCUCUCAGCCACCCUUGAGAUCAAGACUCGCGCCUCUCACAGAGUUCUGCAUAUUGCAGAUGUUGCACCCCAGCUUUGGGUCUCCCAGACACCAAACCUAGUGCGGGCGUACCAUUGCCGGGGCAGAUUUGAGGUGCCGUUAGUAGAAGACGUCUCGGAUGAUAUCAAAAGUUGGGAGUUGGAACAUGAGCAAUACCUACAGGACCUGGCUUUGGUCAUCCAAAAGAUAUCGGAUUUUGCGAAGCAGUGUGGCGGAAAGGCCGUCGUCACUUACGAUCGAUUCCUGGAUACCUUGGUGUUGCGGAAGGCCGAGCUGAAACGUAUGCUUCCUGACGAUUUGUAUCGUCACUGGACCGAUCGUACAGAUUCAUUCUCGAUAGAGCAGACUCGAGACGAGUUGAUUCCACAGCCAGAAGUUGAUCAGAUGUCACAAACCAUGAUCACGAUUGGCGACCAAGAAUACUCGAUCGAUAUAUCUCAGAUACCAUACCUUUCUUCGUUCAGUUCUUUCCAGAGAAAAGCUAAUCCCAAUGAGGGAAAGCUUGCACACGGUCCCAUUCCCCUUUUCGACGUAGCCUUGAAGGGCCUUGAAUCAGGCUACCGCCACUGCUUCCGCGGUAUCUCUGCCGACCUCUCGCAGUAUCACACCCUCUGCGAUACGUACGAACUCCUUGGGGUAGAUGUCUGUAGCGGCCAAACUUUAGACGAGCUUGUGCAAGAUCUGAAGGCUGGAAAAUCCGGAUAUGAACUGGAAUACAAGUACUACACCUCAACUAGGGGGGAUAAGACCAAGGCUCGCGACGCGGCUUUCAAGUUCCUGUACCUCUUGUUGCUAGGAGAGUUCCAAGAUGAGCACAAGGUUUCCGCAAAGGUUUACAGCGCAGUACUAUUCGUCAUCAGUCAUCCUGCGACCUUUCGAUCCCGAGCUCGGAUGGUUAUAAGGUUGGCGUACGAGGAGCGUUUCGUAGCGACUAAGAAGCAGAAAGCCGAUCUGGACAAGUGGGACAAGAAGUUCGCUGAGUAUGGACAGAGCGAGGAGGAUGUGACAACCUCGGAAGAGUCGGUUUAUGUCGAUAGCGACUCCUCAUAGGGAUGAAUCGACAUCUGACUGCGAAAGCUAUCUCCUCCAUUUCCGUCGAAAAUGCAGUACGUAAGCGUGUUAGAUUCGUCAUGUUCGUGAUUAGACUGGAGUAAGGCGAAUAGCUCCAUAUGUCCUCCAGAUCCAAACUACGCUCAUCGAUUAUGGUAGGUCGUAUGCACCUCUUCUGACAUAUGGGGAAUGGCCAAAAUCCAAGUGUUGUG